AAAGCAGAAUGACAGUCUAUAACUUCUAUAUUUUUGAUAGAAAUGGCACAUGCCUACAUUACGCAGAGUGGAACCGAAGGAAACAAUCAGGGAUGGAUAAAGAAGAGGAGUACAAACUGAUGUAUGGAAUGAUACAUUCUAUCAAGUCCUUUGUGAAUAGAAUAUCACCAACAGAUUUAAAAGAUGGGUUUCUCAAUUUCAGAACAAGUCAGUAUAAGCUUCAUUUUUAUGAGACACCAAGUGGGUUAAAGUUCAUCAUGAACACAGAUCUGUCAGUAGGAAAUAUCAAAGAUGUUUUACAUCAGAUGUACAGCAAUAUAUUUGUGGAGUAUGUAGUAAGAAAUCCAAUGUGUGCCCUGGACCAACCCAUCAAAAGUGAACUUUUUGAAAGCAAAAUGGAUGACUUUGUUCGUGGUCUGUCUUUUUUCCCAAUGCGUGUGGCGUAGUACUGAAAGGAAUUGCUUACUAGGAUAUCUUUUCAAUGUCUAUAAAUGUUUUGCGAGUCUUUUUGGAUGUGAAUCACAAGGAAUGAAAGGAAUGUCUGGAAUGAAUUUGGAUGUCUACAUUGGAUAACAUUUUGAAAGUGGUGGACCAAGGAGUUUGGAGAGCUUUACUGUCACAUUGUAGGGUUCAAUAGAGCGAAGAUGUAGUUGAACAUUCAUUGCUGUUCCUGAGAUUUUAGUUUUACUGUUCGAUAAAAAUCCUCGAUCAUUAGUAAAAGAAAAUUUGAAGUUGUCCAAGACAUCAUGUUUACCUUCCAAGAAACUUGACACAUGUUCAGUUAACUGUAUUUAUAUAAAACUGUGGCUUGUAAAGUGUACAUGUUGUAUGGAUUGGCUGUAGUAGU